CACGGACGGACGGCCGCUGUGCUCCUCCAGCGGGAUCCACUCACCCUCGAGCUCUCUCCAACCUGAGUCGUCUCGCGUCGGCCAGGAUGACGCCCCUCUGGAUCGCCAGUGUCUUAGCGUGCCUGCUGGCCUCCGUCGCGGGCGCACGCCUCCCGGAUGGGAGGGCCCAUGCGAACAUGCCGCCGCGCCCGAUCGUCCCGGUGCCGCCUGCGGUCCCGGAGGACGCGGUGACGAGCAGGGACGGCACGGCGCUGCCGCCGUACAACACGACGUACUACUUCGACCAGCUGAUCGACCAUAACGACCCGAGCAAGGGAACGUUUGUGCAGCGGUACUGGCACACAUGGGAGUUCUACGAGGAGGGCGGGCCGAUCAUCUUAAUGACACCGGGCGAGGUGAAUGCGGAUGGUUACUACGGCUACCUCACGAACGGCACCAUCAAUGGUCAGAUCGCCCAGCAGCAGAACGGCGCGACGAUCGUGGUCGAGCACCGGUUCUAUGGUUACUCCAACCCGUACAACAACCUCUCCGUAGAGUCCCUCCAGUUGCACACAAUUCAGCAGGCAAUCGAUGAUCUUGUGUACUUCGCGUACAAUGUCGAUUUGCCGAUGCCAGGCGGGGACAGUGUGGAGCCUGGCGAGGCUCCCUGGGUCUUGAUUGGUGGUAGCUACUCGGGUGCGCUGACGAGCUGGACGAUGGUGAACCAACCCGGUGUGUUCUAUGCUGGUUACGCGUCGUCCGCCGUGGUGGAGAGCAUUGUUGACUACUGGGGCUACUUCGAUCCCAUCCGCCAAUACAUGCCGGCCAACUGCUCCGCCGACGUCGAGGCGGUGAUCACCUACAUCGACGAGACUUUCACCAACGGGACCACCGACGAGAUCAACAACAUCAAGGAGCUCUUCAACAUGACCGAGCUCACGCACCUCGACGACUUCGCCGGCGCCCUUCGGAACAACCUGUGGGACUGGCAGUCGCUGCAGCCGGACGAGGGUCCGGGCCAGCAGUUCUUCCAGUUCUGCGACGCGCUGGAGGUCAAGGACGGUGUUAGUGCGGGAUCCGGGGGUUGGGGCGUCGACUAUGCGCUGAACGCUUGGGGGACGUACUGGGCGACGACGUACUACCCACUGAUUUGCGGAGAUUAUGACCCUGUGACGUGCUUGGGAACCUAUGAUCCAACGCAGUCCUACUACACGGAUAUCGAGAUCAAUGAUUCUGGGCGGUCUUGGGAGUGGAUUGUAUGCAACGAAGUCGGCUUCUUCCAAGAUGGUGCACCCGAGGACUGGCCUACCAUCGUCACUCGCCUCGUGCAGCCAAGCUCUGACGAGCGUCAAUGCACGUAUUACUUCCCCGAGCAGUUCCCUAACGGCCCAGUGACGCCCGAUGUCAACGCGACGAACUCAGCGUAUGCUGGGUGGUUCGCGAACGUCACCAAUCUCUUCUUCGCGAACGGACAACGCGAUCCGUGGCGCGAGGCGACCAAAUCUGCGGAUGGGACGAACUUCGAGAGCACGUCGUGGCAGCCGAUUGCAGAGGGCGACGGGUACCACUGCUCGGACCUCUUGACGGAGAACGCGCUGGUGGACGAGACCGUUGCAGAGGUACAGGAACAGGCUCUAGCGUCGAUGAAGGAGUGGCUCGCCGGAUGGGAACCAUCAAGCUCGAGCCGCAAGUAAUCUGCCCACGAGCGGACACGCGCUAUGAACCGAAACAGUCUGUUCUGAGUUGUAUGCAGGUGGUUGCGCGUUCCGCGCGAUGCUGUCUGUGUCUCACGGGACCACUGUUACUGACAGAAGUUGUAUGAUGAAAUUGGCAGUGCUGGGUGCAUCUCUCAUUGUGACUCCCCGGAUAGAGCAGCCUGGUCUGAGGGUUUGGCCCGAGUGAAUAGCGAGCUCUGACAAGAAGGCGCACUGUCGGAGCCACGAAGCCCUUCAAGUAGGCUUCCUAGGUAAUGGUGUUCGCAUUUGGCAGUCGGACUGACGUAGGCGGAGCAGCGUAGGAUCC